AAAUCUGUUUCUUUAGUGUUUGUGUUUUGAGUUGAAUAUAAUAAAAAGGCCUUUGGUUAUGAAUAAUUACAUUAUAAAUUUAUUUUCCAAAAAUAAAUAAAAUCGAUAAAUUUAUCAUUAAUGUCUUGAGAUCACAUAUAUGUUUUUCUAUUUUUAGUGAAUUAAAAGGAGUAAGGUGGGGUUUGAGGUAAGGUUGGUUGGAGCUGAUAAGUAGUAACACUCACUACUUUACUUAACUCCAUGGCCAAACGAGAAGAAAGACAAGAAGAAGAAGAAGAACAAGGAAAAGUGGAAGAAAGAGCUUCAAUUCAUUUUCAGAGCAAUUCCAUCCAAUACCAUGAUACCCUUUAAAGAGGAAAAAGAUGCCAAGAAAGAAGCUUUCAGGAAAUAUUUAGAGUCCAGUGGUGUUGUUGAUGCUCUCACCAAAGCUCUGGUCUCUUUAUAUGAGCAAAAUGAGAAGCCUUCCGCUGCUCUCGAGUUUAUUCAACAAAAACUAGGGGGACCAUCUGCCUCUGAUUAUGAAAAGUUACAAGCUGAACUGUCAGAUUUAAAAACUAAGUUCAACCAGCUUUCCAUUUCACAUCAAGAAAUCUGUAAAGAGGUUUGCUUGCAUUGCAAAAUCUGCUUUUUUCUCCCCUUACUUGCUGUUGCCAAUGAUUUCACAAAUAAAAAGUCAAGACCCAAUUCUCACAUAUUUUAACUUUGUCAAAGUUUGGUUGAAGUAGUAGUUACAUGAAAAGUAAUGACUUAAGUACAAUUGAGUUGUGGUUGGCUGAUGCUUAGUAUAAGAAAAUAAGGUGUACAUUAUUACAUGAUAUGGUCGACAUUGAAUGAAUAUAUGUGUUUUUGUGUAUGUCUAUGGAUUGCUAUUACAACCAUCUGUAGGGUCGAUCUUAGCAAAUAACAGGACACACAUGAUAGAGUAUGCAUUGUACAUGAAAAUGUCAGAGCAUGAGCUGGUGAUGUCUUAGAAUUAAUUAUGGUACAUGUGUUAUGUGUGUUGAUCCUGACCUUGCCUCCAAGUAAGAGAAACUUAGUUAGCCUCAUCACCGAUGUUUUAGGACAUUUACUUUGCUUGUUCUGAUCUGUAUGUGGUCCAUUUCUUAUGAUUCUUUAUUGUCUGUUACCUUGUCUAUUUUUUUACCCGCGUUAAACAUGUUAUGACCGCAAACCUAAAUGCAGUUGGAGGAGGUUAAGAGUUCGUGCAAUGAAGAACCAUCUUUGACCAAGGAGUCUUCUGAUGGUGAGACUCAAAAAGAUAGGCUUUGAAGGUGACAGAGUUUAUUACAUUGUCAAACAAACAAUAAUUCAUUAAUGAUAUAUGAAUUUACAUUUAGGAAGCAUUAUUCCUUAAUAGUUGCAUGAUUGUAUCUUUAUCAGACAGCAAGACCCAUUUUCCUUGAAGUUGGGCUCCUCGCCUUACCUACAUUAUUUGAUGAGAAUAUGCAGUGUUUAAAUGUAGUUCAUUUGAAAAUAAAUACAUUGAUUAUCAUUAGUCUUUCCUUC